AGCACGUUUCUGUUAAGAUUCGUUAAUUACUGUCGACGUUUUUUUUAAAGAAGAAAUGUGUGUGUUUGUGAAUUUGAUUGAUUUGAUUCGUUUGAUAAGAGUUAAGCAUGUCGGCGCUGAAUAUUGAUUUUUGAAGUAUUUUCUGUUUCGAGCUUGAUUUUCGUUGCAAAUGGCCGGAGAGUUUGAAGAGCCUUUCAGCUUUAGUUUACUGGCAGAAUCUGUGCAUUGUGGUUCUAUAUCAUUUGGUAGAUUUGCAAAUGAACCCCUAGCUUGGGAAAGGAAAUCCUCUUUCUCACACAAUAGAUAUCUUGAAGAGGUUGAGAAAUGCUCAAAACCAGGUUCAGUUAUUGAGAAGAAAGCUUAUUUUGAAGCUCACUUCAGGAAGAAGGCACUUCUUCAAAGUUCAUCAUCUGAGGGCCAAAAUGGAGGAGAAUAUCAAAACUGCGAGAGUGAUGCUAUGGAGAAUGAUGAUUAUGGUGAAUAUCAAACUGGGGAGAAUGAUGCUGAUAGUGUAAGUAAAGGUAGCCAUUACAAUCAUCUUGAUGAGAAUGGUUUAAGCAGUACAGGUUAUGGGGAAAUUUUUUAUUGUGGAAAUGAAGGGAGCUUAUUUCAUCAUGAAAAUGAAGGGAACCAUUUUGAUCAUUCAAAUGAAAGUAGCCUCUGUGCACAAUUUGACAUGAGUCCAGACAAUUCAGAAUAUCUUGGUGAGGGUGCAUUGACUGAAUCUGAAAUAGGAAGCCCUGGACUUUUAUCUGCUCAUCAGACUCAUGUUUCAGUCCCUAUUGAUUUUGAACCUGAGGAAACUUCUGAAAGUCAUAGUGGAUGCGCUAAAUCGUUUAUAAGCAAUGAUAAUCAAGAGAAAGAAGUAGAAGAAAACCUUGAUGAUGAUGAUGAUGCAGAUAACAUUGAUGAAUCAUUUGAGUCCUUGGAUCAAUCCCUCAAUACUGGAACCACCCGAGAAGUUGAUACUACUAUUUCUGAAAUUCAGCAAAAUCAUUCUCCAAAGUUGAAGUCUGCUAUUGAAAAUAAAGCUACCAAACCAAGUUUGAAGUCUCCGGUGAGUCCUAAUCAUUCCCAGAAAAAAACAUUUUGUGAUCCUUCUAUGGAAGUAGUAAGGGUUCAAGAAAGAAAAGAAAAAGAGAUUACAAAGAGAACAAAACCACAGAAACUACCAUUACAAACGGCCUUCCCAACUCGACGUUCAAUGCACAAAUCUCCAAAACAAGAGGAUUCUGCAAGAGCAAGAUUCAAUGCAAAAUCAAACGUUGAGAAUAAAAGUGGAAAAGGACCAAUGACUAAGAAAGUAAUUGAAGCUCAACCUUUUUCAUACAAGAAGAUUGAACCUGUAAUUCAUCAGACACCGAACAGGAUUAAGCAGGCAGCCAUUUCAACUGGGGAAGAUGCAAAGUCAACUGCCGGAGGAUUCCACUUCAAAAGUGGAGAACGAGCAGAAAAGAGAAAAGAGUUCUUUACGAAAUUAGAAGAGAAAAUGCAUGCCAAAGAGUCAGAGAUGAAUCAGAUUCAAGCAAGAGCACAGGAAAAGACAAAGGCGGAGAUUAAGCAAUUGCGGAAAAGCCUUAAUUUCAAAGCAAAACCGAUGCCUUCUUUCUAUCAUGUUUCCACUACUUCAGGAUCUACUGGAAACAAGGCUGCAACAUCUACCAUGAAAUCAGCUAAAGUAGGGCAGAAGUCACCAAAUUCUGGGAUAAGAGCAAUUCCAAGAUCACCAUCACGCUCUAGGGAAACAAAUAAACAAGCCCUCUCUGCCGCUGGAUCUGUAGGUGAGUUGAUUUGUCCUACAGGCACCGUAUCACCGGCUCCACCAACUGAUAGUCACAGCUCUGCUGAACCUGUGACCCAAAAUAAGAUCCCUUCGAAGAAAGAACAAAAGAAAGAAAACAGUAAUUUGCAAAAGCAUCGGAUGUCAGAAAGCAAUAAGGUCGUUAAAGAUCAUAAGUUUGGUGGCAGACCAAAAGUGGGAGGCAGGAGAAAUAACAGUGAGCUAGUGACAAAGAACAUGAAAAAUGCUGGAAUGGCAGGUAGUUCUGGGAUCGGUCGCUGUGCAGUUAUGCCUUCCUGAAAAAUAUCUGCUACGGCGUCUCAAUCCUCAUCCAUUGUUCUACCGAAUUCAGCCAAGCUAACAGAGGUAUCCUCAAUUCGAAUAAUUUAUUUCCGCCUUCAAUGCAUAUUGAAUUAAACUGUUCCUGGAAGAUCAACCGUGUUUGUUUUGAUUGAAAUUCAUAUAUUCAUGAAGCAGGAGAGAAAUGACAAGCCAAUGCUAGAUUGUUGAUAGUGUAAUCCUCAUUGUAGUUAUUUUAAUUACUCGAACAGCUGAAUAGACUUGGCUCCUUUAUGCUUGAAAGUUUGUGUCCCUUACCACCCAAGAUAUGUCCUGUAAGUGUUUAGUUAACCGAUACCUACGUGCAUUGUUGCAACUUUUAUCUGUGUUUGAUACCUUAGUCUAAUUCGAGUAGUUCUAGAAGACCCUUCUCACAGGGAUCCCUCGGGAGAGAAUCAUCCAGCUUGUAAUUUGUGCAA